UGACAAUAUAUUCCUCUGAUCACCGGCUACGGCGAUGUGCAUUGCACUUUUGUUCUUUCUUGGAACCUAUAUACGUACGCGGGCAAGUGUACAGUACUAUAGCUAGUAUAUAUUCCAUCGGACUAUAUAGUUACAUUAGUACUGAUAUCACCUACAUAUCCACCCCUCUUCGUUUUGCACGGCAGUACGCGUUGAAGGCUUGGGAGUUCUUCUCGGCUCCAGAUCUGCCAUGUCUGAGAAGAAGGCCGUUAAGUUGGUCAUCGAAGCCAACUUGGAAUGCGAGAAAUGCUACCUGAAGAUCCAGAAAAUCCUCUGCAAACUCCAAGACAAGGAGAAGAUCAGCAACAUCAACUACGACACCAAGAACAACACGGUGACGGUCUCCGGCGGGUUCGACGACGCGAAGAAGCUGUGUCGGAAGCUGCGGUGCAAGGCCCGCGAGGCCAUCAAGGAUAUCACGAUCGUCGUAGAAGAGGAGAAGAAGAAGCCGGCCGAGGAGGAGAAGAAGAAGCCGGAGGAGGGCGGGGAGAAGAAGAAGCCUGCAGAGGGUGAGAAGAAGAAGCCGAAGGAGGCGGAGAAGAAGAAGCCUGCUGAGGGUGACAAGAAGAAGCCGGCGGAAGGGGAGAAGCCGAAGCCGUCUUCGUCUUCCUCGACGACGGUGAACGUGCAGUUCACGCAGAUGUGCACGCUCUGCUACCCAUGGCCCUGCAGCGACCCCACCCACUGGGGCCACCCGCAGCCGCAGUGGCCACAAUGGCCGCCGUGCGAGCCGGCGCCGCAGCCCGGACAUCACCACCACCCGCCGCCGUACUGUCCGCCGCCGCAAUGCCCGCCGACGCCGAAGAGGCCGUGCGGGGGCCCGGCGUACUGCGGCGGAGGGUGCGGGUCGUGCGGCGGUGGAGGGGCAUGGCCGCCGGCGAUGCCGACGCCGACGCACAUGAUGCAGCCGCCGCCGAUGAUGUGCGCGGGCGGCGGCUGCAGAGGAUGCAAGGGGCAGGGGUGCCGGAUCGUGCAGGAAGGCAGGUUCAUCUACGAGGAGUACCCGCCGCCCAGCGCUUGCUCCAUCAUGUGAUCCAUCAAAUUGUCAAACCUCAGUCAAUGACACCUGGCAGAGUGCAUGUGCAUGCAUCAUGCAUGCAUGGAUGGUUCUCCACUCAUAUUCUCUCUGCAUGUGAUUUUUUUUCGUGGCAAUUAUUGUUAGUGGUUUGACUUGCCGGUCAUUUCAUGCUCUCCUCUUGUUCAUUUUUUUGGUCUCCAUACGCAUGUGCAGCAAACAAGAUAGGCAUGUAUGCCAUGCACAUUUUGCAGCAGCACCAUUGUACUAUACUGUAUACUCUAAAGAACUUAAUGCGUCUAGUCUAUUUUAAGUGAUAGAAAAACAGGAGGUUAAUUUUCUCUGUUUUGCCCCGCCAA